CGAACGCACGUUACCGGUUCAAAUGAUAACGUUAAAACGUUCAAUGAAUAAACGGUAAAUGUUUCAAAUAAUUAUUUAACUGUGUCAAAAAUAAAUUUAAUCAAUUGAGAAAAACUAUAUUUAUACAAUUGGGUAUUUUGACUUAAGUUGGUUAAUUAGACUAAACUUAAAUUUGUGACUGUUGUGUGUUUGUUUGUUUUUAUUUGAACAAUGGAUCCAGAGAAGAAACAAAACGAAGUGACAGUGGACGAUAUUUUACACGAGUUGGGACCGUUUAAAAAGUUUAAUAUAUGGAAUUAUUUUUUAAUUUUGAUACCGGUUUUCCUCGCUGGGAUGUACUCAUCUGUGUUCAACUUUGAAGUGUUAGACUUGAAUUAUAGAUGUGCAGUCCCUGAAUGCGUUGACAACCCUGACGCGUUGAACUACACCAUACCGCGCCUCGAAGACGGCGGCUUCGCGAAGUGCCUCCGCUAUGGCACCUUCAGUAACUCGACCAACAGCUCCUGCUCCGCUGAUGCCUUCGAUACUUCCGUCGAGCUUGAGUGCGACGAGUAUGUCUAUUUGGAGCAACAUUCUAUUGUUAAAGAAUUUAACCUGGCCUGCCAAGACUGGAAGAGGACCCUAGUUGGCACGGUCCACAACGCAGGGUUCUUCGUGUCCAUUCCCCUCACCGGACUAAUCUCGGACAAGUUCGGCCGCCGGCUCGCCGUGGUCUUUGCGUGCGUGUCAAAUGGCGUCUUCGGGUUGAUUCGGGCGCUGUCGGUCAACUAUAACAUGUUCGUGGUGUUUGAGUUUUUGGAACCAGCUUUCGGGGGUGGGGUUUAUACUGCGUGUUUUGUGCUGGCCCUGGAGUUAGUGGGUCCAAAAGGCCGUGUCCUCGUGAGUCUCCUCUUCAAUACCAUGUUCAUCCUCGGCGGCGUAACCGUGACUCUCCUCUCCCUGUGGCUGCAGAACUGGAGAUAUCUGCUCUUCAUAAUCUACACGCCUGCUGUCUUCGUGUUCCUCUAUAUGUGGAUGCUGACCGAAAGCUUCAGGUGGUUCUUCAGUAAGGGACGCUACGAUGAGGGCCUCAAAGUCUUAAGCAAAGCGGAAAAAAUGAACAACGUCGUGGUACCCAAAGAACAUUACGACCAAGUCGAAAAGCAAGCAAUUCAGCAAAGAGACGCAAGAAAGUGCGAGAACAUAGCUAGCAACCAAUCGUCGUUCAAGCAGAUUCUGACUUCCAGUAUGAUUUGGAAGAGAGUUUUCACCGUAUCGUUCCUCUGGACAUGCUCUACUUUGGUCUACUAUGGCUUGUCUAUAAACGCCAUAGAACUGUCUGGGAACAGCUAUUUGAACUAUAUUGUGGUGAUUGUGAUCGAGGCGCCAGCAAAUGUCUGCAAACUUAUAUUGUUGGAUAGAUAUGGAAGGAAGAAGGUGAUUGCUGUCGCGUUCUUCUUGACAGCUCUGAUAUUGAUCAACUACGGAUUCGUCCCUGCUGGCAUGUGGUCCCUGGUGUUCUACCUGGGCGGCAAGUUCUUCAUAACCCUCGCCUACAACUCUCUGUACGUGUUCGCGGCUGAAGUGUUCCCAACCAACUACCGGACUACGCUUCUCGCGCUGUGUUCAACCAUAGGGAGGACCGGGUCCGCUGUUGCUCCUAUGACGCCACUUCUGGCGCGUGUGUACGAGUACCUGCCUACUAUAGUGUUCGGGGUAAUGGCGGCCAUGUCUGGCCUCCUGGUCCUCACAUUACCGGAAACCAACAACCAGAAACUGCCGGACUCGCUCAAGGAGGCACAGGAUCAGGAUAGAAAAGACGUGCCGGAGGAUCGAGAUGUUCGGGAAACUAGUAAAACUAGGUUAUAACUUAGCGUAACUAGUAUAGAUAAUUUGGUCCCUUAGGUAGAGGGUACAUAAGUACUUUGAUUUCCGCGGCUAUCGUGACUGCAGUUAAUAAUGACUAACUGCUAGUAAUUUAGGUUUGUUCUACUUUUUUUUUUGAUUUGGCAUUGGCACAAUUGAUUUUUUAUCCCUAAGUUAGGUAAAUACAUUGAAACCUGUACCUAAACAAAUAGUAAAAAUAACUUUAGCAACCACGUUGAACGUAGAAGUUGCUAAUAUCUCAUACAAAUAUACUGGUGCUAGAAUGCGAGGACCUUCUCGAUCAUAUCAUGAUUUGACAUUGUCUUCGGUUACCGCGAUAGUUACUCAUGAAAUAAAACUAUGAAAACGGAUUAUAUCGCGUAUAUUGAAUUUAUAAUACAUUCCGACGUUUAAUAUACGCGAUAUAAUCCGUUUUCAUAACCUUACCUAAAUGUUGAUAUGUAGAUUCAAUAAUUAGUAAGUUCAAUCAUUAUCACCUUAGGCCCAUUUUUCUGGAAUGGUAUCAAACAAAAAUAAUAUAAAGCCUGACCAGUAAUAUAUGAUCAUUGUCAAAAGGGCGCUGUUAUAGUAUGAAAAAAUUAGUUCUAGUAAAAUUCCGCAACAUGGCGCGUGAUCAUAUAUUCCUGGUCUGGCUUUAAUAUGUAUUAUUAGUCCAUGAACGAGGCUCCAAAUCUCGAACUCAAACUCUCUAUUAGAUUAACAUUACUGUCAGAUCGUAUGGGUUUCAUGACAACACACAAAUAAUAAGUGAAUUUUCAAGAAAAGAGCUUUUUAUUGUGUUUUCUGCGGCGUUCUUUCCAUAAAGAAGUAAAGUUUCCCGAUCGUACCGUUAUUACCGUACCGUAUUUACCGUCCUUUUUUUGUAAAUGUAAUUUACAAAAUGUAAUUGAUUCAACGGUACAUCAUGAUAAAAUUAAUCCAAUAGUCACCUACAUGAUAUUAUUUAGUUAAUCCAAUUCGGAAAAAAAAGUUAUACUUAAAUUAUUAAACUGUGUAAAUUAUUAUUUAUUUAUUACGAUAAAGGUAUUGAAAUAACAACAAAUAAUAAUAUAAUUAUUAUUGUAUAAUUAAUUAUUAUAUCAAAUCAGUGUAUCAUCAUUUGGAAGAUUUAAGCAAUUUUAACGUGCGUCGGCAUAACUGUUCCUAGCAAAAGCAUUUUCAUUUAUACAUUGCCAUGACUCGCAAAUAAUAAAUAUACAAUUUUUCACUUACCUACAUAUAAACCGUAUAACGUAUAACGUUGUUAAACGGAGCUCAAAAUCGUACCUAUUGUAUAAACAAUGAUUUUUUAAGACAUUUAAGGGCAGGUAUGCCUUGGCGGAUAUGGAACAAUUUGGCUCGACCUUUAUGUACGUAACUCAUCGUGUAUCCAUUAUCAUUUACGAAGACGGGACUUAAUCGCGAAAAUUAAGUUUUAAAAUUAUCUACUUUCCUAGUUUUCCCUGGUGUGGAAAAUGUUGAAUUUGAUAAACAAGACCAAUAAAAUUGCGCGUAGUUCGAGCAACUCGCGCAGCUAGAAGUUGUUGAUGUAAACUUUAUCUAGUCUUCUCUGAGACCACAAAGACAACGCCGUUCUCGAAACGUCGAAGGCAAUUUAAAAAUAUAAAAUUAUCCCGUUUUCGUAACUAAUAAUGUGUGAUAAUCGUUAAAGUAUUAAUCAGUGUCACCCUGUAACUAUGUAUUUAAAUAUAUUUUACUUCAGAACUUCGACUAGUAAUAUAGCACAAAUUGGCCGGGCAAAACUUGCCUUAAGACAGUGUUAUCUUUUGGUUACCUACGCCAUUUGACUUUCAGGUUGUGAUAUAGAAUAAGUUUUAAUUUAGAAAUAAGAAUAGAUUAGUAGUGUUUGAAUGCUUAUUUAAUUGUAGUUUAAAAUAAUAAUAUUUUUUCUUAGAUUCACAAGGGCUGGCGCCGAUUGUCUCUAAAAAUGUUGAUAUAUAAAAAAUCUAGAAUUAGUAUUUUAUAAUUAUAUAAUCUUUGUAAUGUGUAAAUUAUGUGUUAAUAUGUCUUAUCCUUAACAAACGACAGUUUAUUUUAUGUUGUCAUUGUUUUUUAAAUACAUAGCAAAAACGUAUAACCUACAGUCGGGUGUCUAUUGCGGCAGCGUUUCUGCUGCAUCAUGAAGACAGACGAUGUACCUUUCAAUCUUCUUAAUAAAUUGGGUCGCGGUUGCUGCCUUAUUGCUGACACAAUUAGAACGUUCAAUCUCUUAGUCAACUUUUUUAAAUUAGAUCCGAUCUCGGAUUCGAUGUCGGGCCCAAGCAAGUACACUAACAUUUGUCCCAAGGAACCAAGGACAACCCAUCGGGCCUCUUGCCGUCAUCCCUGGUAAUGCCAUUCGGCUCAAGAAGAGCGGGCACGUUAAUGGUGGCAAGAGACCAACGCGAUGUCUUGAAAAACGUCCUACACUUUUUUGACUAGAUAUACUCUUAUAAUCCAUGGUGUCCCAGUCGGUCUAAAUUUUGUUUACAUUUCAAAUAUUGUUAAUGAUGUUCUGAUAUUUCGUGAAACGGAAAACGACCGUUGCAAGAGUCAUCGGGCCCGACGUCGGCUUCUAAUCGCAAAUACCCGGCGGCCUUGUGGAUCCAUUAAGCGCUUUAUGCCUACAUAAUACCUAAUAAGAAAAUUGACACUGACAGCAUUGGCAUAUUGGCAACGUCAACCCUACAGCAGUAACGAUGCAGCUGCAACGCUGCUGCGGUCCAGUGGCGUAGCUAGGCGUGGGCGAAGUGGGCCGUCACCCACGGCCUCGCGCUCCAAGGGGGGCCUCGCGCGAGGCCCCUUCGGGCACAGUGAAACUAAAGGGCCUCGCAGAUGCGAUUUCGCCCACGGCUAGAUUAGUUCACGCUACGCCACUGCUGCGGUCGCUAUCGAUAUGUACCCUUAGCACAAAUUAGUCGCAGCUAAACCUUAAACCACGCUAUACACGCUACACGCUAUAGUCAGUUAUAAUAGGCUUUUGCCUUCUGAGUGAAAUUAGUAUUUUGAAGACACAAGUACAAUAAAUCAUGGUAUACAAAUGACUUUAGUUAUAAUAAACUGUGUAAGUAUUGACUUAUUAUAACUGUAUAUUCUUGAGUAGUAGUGUUUUGUUAAAGUAGGUAAUUGACCUUUUUUCCUUUAGUGGUUGGAUUGCAAAAACUACUCUUUGUAAAUUGUUAAAAGUUGGUGUUAGUUUGUAAGCCUUGGACUUACCUUCCACAUAUCAAAUUAUAAACUGUCUACAAUUUGAAUUGGCUAAACACGUGAUAGAGAGGUGCUAACUUCAGCUCAAAUACAUGUGUACCUAAUCGUAUUGUUUACCUGCUGUAACGGUAAAACUAGUAGAUGAUGCCACCGACAGACAGACAUUGGCGUUAAAAAUCUAGGUAGACGAAUCAUAGUAGGUAUAGUAGAAAAGUAAAAUCAAUCAAAAGUAAGACGAAAAUUUAAAAAAUACAGGAAAAUGCCUAGGUUACGAAAUAUUUUUGUGUGUGAAAAUUUUGGCAAAUGAAACAUCGGACAACAGUUGCGUUAGGAUCUGGGCCCGCUUACAUAUUGACUAUUCUACUAUACUAUUACUUAUUUUGUGCUAGUGUUUAAUGCGAAUUCAUAUAGGUAUUUAUCACUAAACGCAAACAGCAAACUUAACACUAAUCAAUGUGGAAAUAAAGUUUAAUGUUUGAUGUGACUGUGUACUUAAGGCAGAAUAGGUAUUCGACAUGUAUUUAUGACUUUAUGAUGACAAUCAUACACAGGGUCUAUAAAACCGUUUUUAUAAAAAGUGAAGAUGUUAACCAAGUUAGAAAGUAGCACUUCUUGGAACUAAGGUGCUAAAACCUUUCGUAGACUGUUUGUUAGUAACUAUAGGUAUUAUUGUAGAUGUAAUAAAUUAUAAAACACCAACCAUGUGAGCUAACAUUUGUCGCACAAACAUUGUUCAACAAAAUAAACAACAUAUA